UUUAAAGUUGUACUUAAUGCAAAGCGAAUUCAUCGAACUAAUAACGACUGACAUCAUGUAUGUGCAUAGUCCACUGAAUACCAAUUAUUUGACUUUGUCGUUUGAGAUUUUCUUGCUUAGGUUACGCAGUGGGAGAUAUUGUGACAAAAAUGUACGCGAAUAAGUACUUAGUGUGGGUGGUUUUGCAUGAAAUCAUAUUUUUUAUAUAUCCUACUGUCGCAGUUGAACGACAAAUAAGACAAAGUCAUAUAAACUCCUCCAAACUUUCUCUUGAAUUGUCUCAAUCGAAUGAAGAGGACGAGGUAAAAGUUAAUCCUCAAUGGACCAACAUUAACGCAGAGGUGGAUGUGGUAAUCCCAAUGAUUUUAAAUCAUUUGCAUAAUAUAAAGAUCGAACAUUUAAAUCUACCGGACAUAACAGAGACAAUUUCCUUGACAUUUAUUUUGGUUGCGUACAAGACACGCUUGAUUUUAAGCAACGGUAUAGUGUACAACGUGGAAGGAAUAGAGCGAUACGGUGAUGCCAAGAUGACUUACAAAGAAAAGAGGUUUCAUAUUCGAUUUGAUUUGAAAAUAAACAAAUUACAGUUUGAAUACAACUUUCUUCUUCAAGUAAUGCCCAUUGACGGUUAUGGAAAGGUAAUAGGAAAUUUGGAAGAUACAAUUAUUCAUUCGGAAAUAGCAAUAGAUGUGACAAAUAUAAGCUUAGCUCUCCACGAUUUUCGCAUUCUCGACUACAGGAAAAUACAUGUUCAAUUGGAUCAAAUUCAAAUAAUAAGAGAAUUAAGUGGAUUAAUAUUGUCACCAAUUACGAAUUUAUUCAAGGAACGAAUAAGAACUUCAAUAUCGGAUGGUUUGAAAAAAGAAAUGGAAUUUAUAUUUAAUGAUUUUAAUGAAGGCGAUCCUUUGCAACUUCGAAUGUUUGCUAAACAGUUGCUAGCCGGAUUAAUAAGUUAAUAUGUUUAUUAUUAGAUUUAUUUGUAUAUGUACUUAAUAAGAGUUCUUGUAUAAACCAAAUCUGAUUUGCUUGGUUGUCAGGAUAAUUGCAGAACUAUUGUGAUUUUCAGUAGUGUUACAGAAUGAGGUUUCAUUUCUCUUUUUCAAAUGUAAACGAAAUCAGAAUUCUAUGCAGAAAAUUAAAAAUUGUAGACAACUUGAUUAAUUUUAUUUGUGAAAUUAUUUUUUAAAACAUCCAACAAAAAAAAAAGUUAUGUACAUGAGCAGGUUGGCAGUUUUUACUUUGUUUGUGAAGAAAGUAGGGAAAAUGAAAAACUAGAUUAAAAAUUAUUGCAGUUUUUUACUUUAUUACAAAGAAAAAGGUGUAAAACGAAAACGAAAGAUUUUAGCUUCAUGUCCAAAAGAAUCAUAAUAAUAAUUUAGCUGUUAUAAAUGUACAUACUAUACCUUUCACACUAGUGCUGAGUUUCCAACAAAAACGUGGAUUCGAACAACAAACCAAUAAAAUCAGAAUUCAUAAUAUAUAUCUAUAGGAUAAAUUAAAUAUUAUUAUAAUAAACAAAUAAAAGUAGUGAAAAUAUUAUUUACAAAUAAAAAGGGAGACGUUAUCUGAAAUAUAAUUCUUUUUAUUUAUGAAUUCUUUCGACUUUUAACAUAAUUGAAAUAUAAACUGCAAAUUUUACUAAAA